AAAAAAAAAUGAUGUACGAAUAUGGUUGACGACUUGACUUGUUGUUGGAAAUGCGUAGGAUCCAAAAAAAGUCAACCAGAAACAGAACUUGACUCUGAUUGUGAAUCCAGUAAUCAGAACAGAGGAACAGUAUUGAAUAAUAUUAAAAUGGGAGAGUACUUGGUAACUGGAGGGACAAGCUUUAUAGCCUCUCACGUUGUAAAGGCACUUCUUGACUUGGGCCAUUCCGUAAGAACAACUGUUAGAGACUCCUCAGAUGAAGAGAAGGUUAGGUUUUUGUGGGAGUUAAAAGGAGCCAAAGAAAGGUUAAAGAUUUUCGAAGCCGAUCUAACAGUGGAGGGAAGCUUUGACGAGGCUGUCAAAGGUGUUGAUGGAGUCUUCCACAUUGCCUCUCGUGUUACUGUUUGUCUGGACAAAAAUGAUCUGGAGAAGUUGGUCGAUCGAGAUAUAAAUGGAACAAGGAACUUGAUGAACUCUUGCGAAAAAUCAAGAAACACUGUGAAAAGGAUCGUUCUCACAUCUUCUUCAACCGCAGUCAGGUACCGCUAUGAUGCCACAGAAGCCUCUCCACUUAAUGAAUCGCAUUAUAGCGAUCUUGACUACUGCAGAAACUUCAAAAUUUGGUAUGGUUAUGCAAAGACAUUAGGAGAGAAAGAAGCUUGGACUAUCGCAGCCGAGAAGAAUCUAGAUCUAGUGGUUGUAAUCCCUUCGUUUUGUAUCGGUCCAAUACUUAGUCCAGAACCCACAAGCUCCCCUCUCAUUCUCCUGUCCAUAAUCAAAGGUGUUCGGGGAGAUUAUCCGAAUGUCACGGGAGGGUUUGUGCACAUAGAAGAUGUAGUUGCUGCACAAAUCUUAGCAAUGGAAGAGCCUAAAGCAUCAGGAAGAUUCAUAUGUUCGAGUUCAGUGGCUCACUGGUCAGAGAUCAUUGAGAUGCUAAGACCUAAAUACCCGUUAUACCCAUUUGAGACCAAGUGCAGUAGUGAAGAAGGGAAAGAUAUGCCUCAUAGCUUGGACACAACAAAGAUACGUGAACUUGGCUUACCGCCAUUCAAGUCUUUAGCUGAGAUGUUUGAUGACUGCAUCAAGUGCUUCCAAGACAAGGGUCUACUCUGAAACUCCUACUGUUAUCAGAAAAUCAAAGUGAUCUUAGCUUAGUAGUUUGGUCUUGUUUUAAGUUUAUUUUAAACACCAAUAAUCUAGCCUAUCUUAUGAUUC